CUUGCUUCCUUUUCUCAUAUUUUUCAGAUUCAUUCAUGUUAAUAAAUGUAGCUGUAGUUCAUUCUUUGUUUUGUAGGAAACUUUUAAAGUCAGUGUAUAACAUGACAUCAGGACUCACAGAUCUGAAGUGUGGUGCUUGAUGCAAAUUCAUAAAGUGACUGCAUCCGUGUGUCCUCUUCUAGGUCAAGACAGAGACCACUGCCAGCUCCCCAGAAAGCCCUCUCUUUCCCCAGCCAUUUAUCAUCCCCCAGAAGGUGAUCACUAUUCUGCAAUAUAUGACCAUAGAUUAGUUUUCAGUUCAUGAAGUGUCUUCACUCUCUUCUAGCUGCUUUUGCUCAACAUUGUGUUGUGAGAUUGAUCCAUGUUGUUGCAUUUAGCAGUGGGUUAUUUUUACUUUAUCAUUGUGUGAAUAUGUCACACUUACAUAUCCAUUUUGCCCGUUGUUGGUUGUUUGGGAGUUUUUCCAGUUUUUGGCAAUCACAGAUAACCCUGUGAGCAUUCUUGCCCAUGUCUUCUAGUGCCCACAAGCACACUGUAUUUGCUUGGAGGUGUAAGUGCGGUAGAUACUGCCAGAGUUUUACAUGAUGUCUGUAGCAGUUUACUCUGCCACCAGGAGGGUUUAAGAGUCUGUCUCACAUCCUUAGCAGUUCUUGGUUUGUCAGCUUCUCCAGCUUUAGCCUACAUUCUAGUAUAGUGGAUGUGGGUUUUAAUUUGCAUCUUCCCUCAUUACUGAUGAUAUUGAGCUUUUCUAUGCCUGAUAUAAUAUUGAUAUUUUCUAUGCUUUAUAGCCAUUUGGGUAUCUUCUUUUGUGAAAUUCAAUUUGUCUCUGUCCACAUUGUAAUAAAAAUGGUUCGUCAGUCUUUUCUCCAUAGAUUUGUUACAACUCUUUAUAUAUUCAUAAACAAUUUCUUUGAUACAUAUAUGGCAAAUAUCUUCUCCCACUUUCACUGAUUUGUUCUGUUGAACAAUAUUCAAUUAUAAUGUAAAUUAUUUUUAGUCAGUCAUCUGGGAUAUUGUCUGUGUUUUUUUGUGUCCGAUUUAAAAUUUUUUGCCUUGCCUGUUCUAAGAUCAUGGGAAUGUUUGCCUUGUUACCUUCUAAAAUGUUCCUUAUUUAACCCUUGGGAUUGUGCUACUUAUGGAGCUGGUUUUUAUGUAUAAAGUGAGGUAGGGGUCAUUCCGCCACCCCUCCUGUGGAUAGUUGAUAGCCAUUUGAUCCAUUAACAGUUAGAAGAGCUAUUCUUUCCCCACUACUGUGGUUGACACCAUUAUUGUAAACCAGAAAACCUUGUUGGUGUGGGUUCCUGGACCCCUGUCCCCUCCUGUGAUCUCUUUGUCUGUCUGUGUACUAAUACUACACCCCCUUAGUUGCCACAGCUUUAAAAUAAGUCUUGAUUUUUCACAGAUUAGUGCAUGCAUUACAGCUUUCCUCUUUGAGACUUCCUUGGUUCUUUUUGGUCCCUUGUAUUGCCAUAUGAGUUUUAGAAUUACCUUGCCAGUUUUUAUAAUGCCCAUACAUUGAGAUUUUGCUCCUGUUGAGAUUUUGGUUGAGAAUGCAUUGAGUCUAUAGAUCAGUUUGGGAAGACUGUAUCAGUAAUUCAUUCCUUUUUAUUCUUGAAUGGUGUUUCAUUGAUGAGUAUAUCACAUUUCUUUAUCCAUUUACUAGUUAACAGAUAUUUGGAUUGUUAGUUUUUAACUAUUCUGAAAAACACUACUAUGGACUUUCAUAUACAUAUUUUUGCUUGGUCAUUUGUUUUUCAUUUCUUUUGUGUAGAUAUCUAGCAGUGAGUUGUGUGGUAAGUUUAUUUUUAACCUUUUUUAGGGAAUCAAACCCUUUUCUAAAAUGGCAGUGCCAUUUUACAUCCCCAUGAGUGUUCCAGUUUCUUCACAUCCUAAACUGUUGAUAUUGUCAGUGUUUUAGGUUUUGGUCAUUUUAAUAAGCAUAUAGUGGUGUCUAUCUCAUUAUGGUUUUGAUUAACAUUUCUCUAAUGACUAAUGAUGCUGAGCAUUUUUUCAUGUACUCACUGCCCAUUUGUAUAUCUUCUUUGGAGAAAUGUCUAUUCCAAUAGUUACCUGCUUCCCACACACCCAACAUACAAUAAUCACUAUAGACAUUUCUAAAAAGGAGAAUGAUAGGACGUACAAAGGAGUCAAUAGCAAUUCUGAAGCCCAGUUGGGCAAAUGUUGAAAGUUCCUUAAUUAGAGUUCAAGACCUGGAUAUAAUAUUCUGUGUCUCUUGGCUCCUCCAAGUAGGAGGAGGCUUUUGAUUCUACCUUCUGAGUUAUCCUUUGUUUUUCAUGAAAAAUAGUAUGUGUUUGCAGUUGGGUAGUUCUCUUAGUAUGCUUCCUUCCAGAAGAAUUUUGGGAGUCCAGUGGCCCCUUUUCAUUUUUACCCUGUCCUUUUUGGUCCAAGAGCAGUGAUUUUGCUAGUAUAAUUUUGUCAGAACCUUUGUAGGCCUCCCGUGAAUCCUGUGUGUAGGGAAACUAGAAAUCACUAUCUGUAGUAAAACUGGAAAAUUCAUGAAUAUGUGGGAAUUAAAUAACAAACUCUUGAUCAAGCAAAGAAGAUAUCAAAUGGGAAAUUAGAAAACAUUUUGAGACAAAUGAAAACACAACAUACCAAAACUUAGGGGAUGCAGUAAAAACAGUGCUAUGUGGGGAAUUUAUAGUUGUCAAACUUACAUGAAAAAAGAAGGAAGAUCUCACAUCAGCAAAUUUAUAUCUUAAGUAACUAGAAAAAGAACAAACUGAAGCUAGCAGAAGAGAGGAAAUGAUAAAAAUUAGGGUAGAAAUAAACAAAAAUAAAUAUUGGAAAAAGCAUUAGAGAAAAUCAAGGAAACCAAGAUUUUUUUUUAAUUAACAGAAGUGACAAACUUUUAGCUGAAUUGUCUACAAAAAAAGACUCAUCUGACAUCAGAGAUGAAAGAAGGGACAUUAGCACUAAUUUUACAGAAAUAAAAAGGAUUAUAAGUGAGUACAGGAAGCAGUUGUGAAUCAACAAAUUGGAUUACCUUGAUUAAGUGGGUAAAUUUCUAAGAACACACAAUCUACCCAGACCAAAUCAUGAAGAAGAACAGACCUACAAUUAGUAAGGAGACUGAAAGUGAAAUUCGCUCAGUCAUGUCCGAUCUUUUCCAGCCCCAUGGACUGUAGUCCAUGGAAUCAAGGAGACUGAAGCCAUCUUCGAAACCUCCCACCAGAGAAAAGCCUAGGACCAGACAGCUUCACUGGGAACAGUGCAUUGCGAAGUUCCAAACCAGAUCACAGUCUAUGAGUCCAACCCGCAGAGAAGAUGGACGGAUUAUUACCCCAAAGGAUUGUGAUAUUCAUUUGAAAAAAUCUCCUCUUUCUUUGGAUGACAGUGACAUGGAAACUCGCCUUAAUAGUUGGAAUCUUGGGAUAGAAAACCCUCGAUACCUGAGACAGAAGCCCAUCCCAGUUACUCUGAUGACUCCGAAAUUCAGCCUGAGAAAAUCCAGCAGUCUCCACGAUGACCAGUUACUCUCCCGCAUGCAUGAGAAAGAGUUGGACAUGAAAACAAAGCUGAUGGAAGCUAAAUAUCAUGAAGAGAAGCUUAAAUUGCAGCAGAAACACGAUGCUGAUGUUCAGAAGAUUUUAGAAAGAAAGAAUAAUGAAAUAGAAGAAAUGAAAACUUUAUACAAAAAGAAACAAAGUGAAACCGAGGAGACUAUUAGAAAACUUGAGAAGAAAGUUCAGACCCUUGUCCGAGAAUGCCAGGUUAUCAGAGAGACCAAAGACAACCAGAUCGCAGAGUUAAAAAAGAUAUGUGAGCAGAGCACAGAAUCUCUGAAUAAUGAUUGGGAAAAAAAGCUCCACAACGCUGUAGCAGAAAUGGAAAAGGAAAAGUUUGAACUUCAGAAGCAACACACGGAAAAUAUUCAAGAAUUGCUCGAGGACACAAACGUGCGGCUGAACAAAAUGGAGGGUGAAUACGUGGCGCAGAUGCAGUCCACAAACCAGAUGAUCAAAGAACUGGAGUCCCGUGUCCAGCAGCUGACUGGAGAAGCGGAGAACAGUAAUUUACAGAAACAAAAAUUAAUUCAAGAAAAACUGGAACUGGAGAGAUGUUACCAGAUAACAUGUAAUGAAUUACAAGAAGUAAAGGCAAGGUAUUGUCUGAGGCGCAACACACUGCAUAAAGAGAAAGACCAUCUCAUCAGUGAUUAUGAGCAAAACCUGAAACUAUUACAAACCAAGUAUGAUGCUGAUGUCAACCUUCUGAAAAAGGAACACGCUCUUUCUGCUUCUAAGGCAUCUGGUGUGAUUAAAGAGCUAGAACAGAACGUCUGUCAAUUAAAGCAGCAAUUACAGGAAUCAGAACUUCAGAGAAAGCAGCAGCUCAAGGAUCAAGAAAAUAAGUUUCAAAUGGAGAGAAGUCACUUAAAACGCACCUUUGAGAAAAAGAUUCACGACUUACAGAGUGAACUUGAUAAGGAAAAAGAAGAUGCUCAAAAGAAAAUCCAUAGACUUGAGGAAGCUUUGAAGGAGAAGGAGGAGCAGCUGACCCGCGUGAGCGAGGGGCAGAGGCUCCAGGCCCAGCAGGCGGACGCCGCGCUGGAGGAGUUCAAGCGGCAGGUGGAGCUGAACUCAGAGAAGGUCUACGCGGAGAUGAAGGAGCAGAUGGAAAAGGUGGAAGCAGACCUGACUCGGUCCAAGUCUCUCCGUGAGAAGCAGUCCAAGGAGUUCCUGUGGCAGCUGGAUGACGUCAAGCAGAGAUACGAGCAGCAGAUAGUAGAGCUGAAGCUGGAGCAUGAACAGGAGAAGACGCACCUAUUACAGCAGCAUAACGCGGAGAAGGAGAGCCUAGUCCGAGACCACGAACGGGAAGUCGGGGAUCUGGAGAAUCAGCUCCGCGCUGCCAACAUGGAGCACGAAAAUCAAAUCCAAGAGUCCAAGAAACGAGACUCACAGGUGCUCGCGGACAUGGAGGCGCAGGUGCAUAAGCUGAGAGAGGAGCUGGUCAGCGUGAACUCGCAGCGGAAGCAGCAGCUGGUGGAGCUGGGGCUUCUGCGGGAGGAGGAGAAGCAGAGGGCCACGCGGGACCACGAGGCCGCGGUGAGCAAGCUGAAGGCCGAGUCGGAGAAGAUGAGGCUCGAGCUGAAGAAGACCCACGCCGCCGAGGCGCAGCUGACGCUGGAGAAGGCCAACAGCAGGCUGAAGCAGAUUGAGAAGGAAUACACCCAGAAGCUGGCCAAGUCUUCUCAGGUGAUCGCCGAGCUGCAGGGCACCGUCUCCUCACUGCGCGAGGACAGCAGCCGGCAGCAGCUCGCGGCCGAGCGGCGGCUCCAGGACGUCGUGCGCAAGUUUGAAGACGAGAAGCUGCAGCUGAUCAGAGAGAACGAGCGAGCCGUCCAGGCUUUACGAGAAGAACUGGAAAACCGCUCGAAACAAGUGCGGUCCAUGGAGAAGAAGCUGCAGCAGAAGGAACUGGAGUCACAGGAGCAGAUAACUUACAUACGACAAGAAUAUGAAACAAAAUUUAAAGGGUUGAUGCCGGCAUCUCUAAGACAAGAACUUGAAGACACCAUCUCCUCCCUAAAGUCACAGGUUAACUUCCUGCAGAAGCGGGCGUCUGUCCUACAGGACGAGCUGACCGCCUACCAAAGCAGAAGGUGACCAUGUGGAGACCCCCCGGGUCACCCCGGAGAGAGCGGUGGAUCCAGCCAUCCCAGCCGCGCUGCAGAUUUCUUCCAGCAGGUUUGAAGAUUCGGAUAUUGUUAAGUAAACUGUGAGACCAGUGGCAUUUUUUGAUACUUAAAUUUAAUUAAGAUCAUAAAAACAUCCAUCACUCAUACACCAAUGGCUGGUUUUGUGUUUUUGCCUAUUUUUUUUAACAUUCCUUUAUUUCCUCUUUCCAUAUUUGUGUGCAUUUGAGUGUGUCUUGAGAAUUGCUGAUUUGGGGGAAAGAAAUGAUUUGUCGCAAUGCCUCGUGGAUGCUUUUGCAUAGAAUUUUACCAUUUGCCGCUGCUCCAAAUCACAUUUGUAGCAUCAUAUCAAUAUUUUUAACAUGUUUGCAUUAUCUUCAUGUUCAUAUAUUAUUAAAAUAUUAUUUUGUACUUA